GCAGGGUCAAAGUGCAAAUCAAAAUGGCGUCGAGAGAAAAAAAUUCAGAGGAGGAAGCAACAAGAAAGUUUGUUUAGUUUGAUGAGGAACAGCGUUAUACAGAUGUAGAACUCCCCAAAAUGGAACAUGCGGCCAUGUUGGACUUCAGGACGUGUUUCGACCUCAAAAAGGACAUCGUUACUCUACUCAACCAGGAGAGUUCAGGUGCAGGUGCAGGUGCAGACACAGGUGCAGAUGCAGGUGCUCCCAGACAGGUGAGGGUUCUGGGACAGGAGAGAGACGGAGCUGUGCUGUACACCUGGGAUGACGUCUCACCUUACAGACAGGAUGAUGUCAUUGUUAGUCACAUUGGUCUGUAUGAGCCAGUCAGCAAAGAGAACACUGUCCUUUUUGUCCAUGAGAAGCUGGUACAUCUUGUCAACUGUACAGUAAACCAGGAGAGGACACUUCUUGCCUUCACCACCCAGGAAAAGGCCCCCUCCUCCUCUGGGUCUCCUGCACGGCACUCAGAAGGAAGACAUCACGCACAAGUGUACAGGUCCUACCUUGCAGAGGUGCAGCCCGCCAACCGAGUGUUUUACCUCAACAUAGAGAGGGACAAUUACCUUAUGGUGCAGUUUCUGCAUGGGAAGGGGCAGGGAUAUGGAGACACAACCAGCAAGGAGUCUCAUAUGCUCUUCCUCAUCCAUAAAGAAUUGAUAGGACUGUACCAUAUGAAAUUAUCCAGGGUUGGAUACAGCGGCAUGGAGAUGUGUGGCCAGCCGAGAACUGAAGUUCUGGCAAAAAGGUUCCAGUGGGCACAGUGGGACCACCAGAGGCAGAGACUGUACUACCUCAGUCAGAAGAAAAAAAACAGCAGCUCUAAGCUGACCUUUACCUGCAUGCAGUUCUAUGAAAAGCACCCUCCAGAAGUUAUGAUGGAAGUCCAACUGCCAAUAAGCCUUCCUCCAGAGGUGUCAAAAGCACCGUAA